AAAUAAAUAAAUGGUUCUAUCACAUCGCAGCCAGCCGACACUGGGGGGUCGAGCCGAGGUAGAAGUUUCCUCGUAGAAAGGAAGCAGACGAGGGACGGAGGGAGGAUCGGGAGGAGUGAGAGUGUGCGACAGGCGUUGUUUAUGCCGAAAACCUCGUCGUCGCCCUCACCGAACGUGACGCCGAUGAAUCCCUCCCUCAAGCCUCAACCCCUUCUGUCCUUCCCCCACCAAAUCCUAGCCCCUAAUCCUCUUCCUCUGGCUCCGGCGGCGCCGCCCUCGCCUUCUGUCGAGGACCAGAUCGACCUACUCGACUCCUCUUUCACCCACCCCCACGACCACGGAUCCCUCCUCAUGGAUGACGAAGACGACGACCCCAAUAUUCUCCCUUCUGGAACUCUAGCGCAUUCCCAAUCCCCCUUAUCCUCCCUCCUACGCGACGACGACGACGGCAAUGACGACGACGACGAUGAGGAUCCGGACGACGAGGAGGAUAUUGACUCCGAGGAGACCCUGGUCGAAGACCAGAAUCCCCCAUCGUCUGCCGUCAAUCAACGUCCCAUUUAUUCCCUCAAUGAUGCCCUCUCCGUCGUCCCUAUCGUCACCCCCCGCAUUGACCCUGCGCCCCACAUCUCGCCCCAAUUUUACACAUUUAACCGGGAGUCACACUCUCUGAUGGUAUGCUGCAUUAUGGAAAGCCGACUUGCGACUACUGACGAGAUCCGCGCCGCCACGCCCUUGUCUGUGCUCAAGUCCUGGCGCUCUGUAUGGAAGGACAGGAACGAGGACACGGCCUACCUCACCGCAUGGAAACGCAUCCAGGACAAGCUCCGAGCUAACUUGGACGACGCCCUCCCUGCGCUCUUCUUCAAGAACAACCCACUGCAGCGGGUCUCUUAUGUGGACCAGUGGCAGGAAAUUGUCACCACUGCUCAUGCUGACCCUGACCUACUGCGCCACCUUGGUCUGAAGGAGACCAUCGACAGGAUAAAACAGUCCUGGACAGUUGGUGCCAAGUUCUAUGGAAUACCGGAGUCAUUCAUCCGAGUUUGUGUUUCUUCCUGCCCAAUAUGCUCCUCUUCAUCAUUCUCAUUGACACCCCCAGGGAGCAGCAGCUUAUUACGGUCCAAAAGGCGACGUUUUGAAUACACAGAAUCCUUUGAAGUGCCUGCAAAGGAUGUGCAGCGCUGCCUGCAACAGCUUGCAGCCAAGUACACGGUAGUUCUUUGUAUCCGCCAGAAAUAUAUAAGGUAUAAGCCUUUCACAGCUGAGGUGAAGGACUAUGCAUGCCACCGAGCAGGGGAGCCUUCUUCUGCAACUGCGUCAGUUAAGAAAGCUAGGGCUUUAAAGAGGGAACCAUACCAGUCAAAACGAUGCGGCUGUGGGUUUCGGAUUAGGGCUAUUGUUCCAAUCAUCAACUACAAUGAUAAAGACAAGACGUUUGUGUACCAGGAGGAAGGCACUGCUAUAUUCAAGCUAUAUGCAAUUCAUACUGGACAUGAACCUGGGCCACUUGAUGGGAAUGCUAGGAUCAUCCAUCGAGUAGUUGGAAACAAGAACACUUAUGAAUUUGGUUCAGAAAUGUAUGGUGUUAGAGAGGAUAUGGAACCUGAGCCGUUUGCCAGCAUUAUGUGCAAGGAUGACAGAGAUCAUUAUCGCAUAUUUAUUCAGCAGGUUCGUGAUCUCAAGGUUGAGGUUGCAAUGCUUGAAGGAAGAGUUGCCAAAAUGAAUCCAGAUAUGCUAAGCUCAGUGACACACGAUCUGUCUGAUAUCUUGUGCAGGUUGAAGAGUCUAGGUGGAGAGAUGCAACAAGAUGAGACAUCAGCAAUGGUAGGUGAUGAGGACGUUGCAGAAUGGAGGAACAAUAGCUGUCACCAUUCUGGCAGGCAUGAUGUUAUGUUUAGCAAGGCUACUAAGAUUAUUGAGGCAGACAUAGACUUUGGUUCAGAUCUUGGAGCUAUUGCGCCAUGGGAUAAAAUGACAUCAGAUUGCCAUGAUAGAAAGUUGCUUAUGAGGGAUUGCAUGAAGUCUGGUAAGUGGAUGUUAAAGGAAGAUUGUAGUAACUUUGAUGAGAAAAGCAUCCUCAAUUGUGGUGUAGAUGAGGAUUCCAAGCUGAUAAAACCCUUGACUCAUCCAAGUCUUGUAGGAAUGCACGUAGGAAUGCACGUAGAUGGUUUUUAUGGUGACAGCACUAAGUGGUAUGACUCACCAGGUGGCUUGGACCCUAGUACAGAUUCUGGAGAUGAUGAUUUUCAGCAUGGUGGGAUUGUGUAAAGUGAGAGUUUGCUUGUUUUUGCCUUAUUCAAGGAAAGGACUUGUAAAUUGUCUACACUAAAAGAAAGUUGGGAACCCAUCAUCAUAUUAUUAGGAUUAGGUUUCAGGUGGUUAUUCCCUGAGUGUUGUUCCUAUACAGAUUGCUUUUUUCUCAAUUCAACGUGUUUAGUGUUCUAGCAUUGUUGCUUGCCCAAAUGAUAAUGUCUGCCUUUCAUCUUUCUAGCUGUAUCCCUUUAUGUAUAUUGGUUGAUUAUGUUCCAUUCUUGUCAUAUUCAAUUGAUUUUACAAGUCAGUUAGACAA